GUCCGUGCAGUCGUGUUGGCCGGAGUGAAAAGCGUCGAGGAAAACUUGCAAAACAAAAAAAAAAGCACAGAGCACAGCAGAGAAAAUAAAAACAGUAAUAGAAAUAGAAAUAGAGAAAAGUAAAUAGCAAACAAGUGCAGUUUCGCUGGGAGAGUGUUGAGUAGAAAGAAGAUUAAUCCCUCGGAUCUAGCAUAGUUACACCUAGAUACCUACACUUUUGGUGGUCCCAAAACCAAAAGCACGGAGUACUGAAAAAGCUGAGCAGCUGAGAAAGUAUCCACAACCAUGUCGACGCUGCCCUUCCUGCUGAGCGUCGCCGACGAGCUGGACAACAUACACUCGCAGUCCUACAUGGACGACUUUGGCCUGGGCUUCCAUCCGCACCGCCAGUACUACCGCACUCCGACCAUCCAGCUCUCCCUGCCCGCCAGCACCGACUGGACGGGAUCGGGUCGGGACUGGUCCGGCCAGGCGGCGGCGGGCAACAGGCACAGUCGCUAUCGCAGCUACAAGUUCUACGAUGACUCACAGAACAAUCUGGAGGAGGAGGAGCAGCCGGCGGAGGAGCCGCUGCCCGUGGAGCAGGUGGAGUUGCCCCAACAGCUGGUGCCCCAGAACAACCAGACGAUAUCGCAGGCUCAGCAGGCAUCGAAUGGAGCGGCCACAGCGCCACCCGCUCGCCAGGGACUGGGCAUGGUCAACUCGCACUCCCACGAUGUGGGCGUGGGCGGUUUGGGGCUGAAUCUCAAGGCCGGCGAGGAGGAGGACGACGAGAACAUCGAUCGCACGGUGCGCAUGUAUAACUUGUCCAAGAAGUGCUGCAAGAACUACUACCGCCAUGCCCUGGAGACCGGACCCGGCGCCAGUGGCAAGAUGAAGUGCAGCAACCUGCGCUCCGAGAGCCACAAGUCCAGCUCCAGCUCGGAGGAGAGCCUCCAGAAGAUACCCUCGCCCAUUGAGUUCCUCACCUGCUUCCUGGUGAAGAAGUCGCGCACCCCCAAGGCCACUGUGCCCGUGGGCCAGCCGCUGAAGAAGACAUAGAACUCGGCCAGGCUGCUGCCAGCAGCGUUGUCCGCCAGGACCAGCACCACCAUUAGCUCCACGGCCACCACCAGUGGAGCCGUGACCAAUGCCAGCCUGGACACGGACACGACCACGUCGAAGCGGCGGAGCAACUGCUUCUGAAUGUUGGCGGGAGUCGGAGUCGUGUGUGGCCAGGCCUGGAGUUGGCUCCAGCGGUGCGGGGAGCUGCCCAGCUCGGAGCCCGCCUCCUUGCCAGCGACGCGUCUGGGCAGGAUCGCCUACUAGGCCCUCGCCUCGUCGUCGUCCGACUCCGAUUCGCAGUCAGGGGUAGAUAUGUAUAUGAUUUGGCACUGGUUUAACCUCUGGCUUAAAUGUUGAAGUUAAUGGAAUUUAUCGAAAAGGAUUUUGAAAGGUUAGCGAUUUCGAUUUGCACUGGAGGGGAGUUUUUUAAGUUACUUACUUUUGAAUUAAAACUAAAUGAAGCCCUAGAGGUUUAAAGGAUUGUACCUUCCUUCCAAAGUGACUCUUGAAUUUUGUAUUCAACCUUGAACCCAAAAACUGCAUUUAACGCGAACAUAUAGGUAUGUAAAUCGAUUCAUUUGGAAUGCGUUGUUGUGCAGCAACAAACUACGCUUCUAUUUUUUUCCAGGAACGUAACCAUAAAAUAACCAACAUUUUUCGACUUUUCUGUUUAUUAAACACGAUUCCCUGAAAACCCCAUGUAAACGAUUACUCAGUGCAAACAUUUGCUAACCGCAAUGUGCAAGCAACUACAGGCCAAAGCAAAUCGAAGCUUAUAACAACAAAUAAUAUUACAAGUAAAGGAAAUUCUAGUUUAGAAUAUAAAUACAGAAAAACUCUUCAACCAACACCGAUAAAAUUUUUGCAAACCAAACACACACAAUUUUUAAAGCCAGAUUUAUACCAAAUUAAGGGGAUACCAAGAAUUUGUUAAGCAACAUUUUUUAUACGAUUUUUUGAUACCAAGCAAAAGAUAUAACUUAUAUACGGAUAUUAUAUUAAUACUGGGAAGUUUAAUUAAAUCAAGUCAGGGGAAUGCAAGCUCAACCAAAACCCUUUGGCAAUACCUAUAUUUCCACAUUAGUUUUUGGUAUUUUUUAACGAAAGGGGUAUACUACUUUCAGGGAACCUUUUAUAACACCUUAUUUUCUGCUAUUUAUCGAAUAAUGGUAUGGGUUGAGUUUGGAAUUCCGCACAAUUUUAUAAAAGCUGUUAGCUGUUUUAAGCCAAAUAAAUUGCGGGCUAAUUCAAUAGGUCUUCUGGAAAGCACACACAACACACCAAUAGCAAUGUUUCAUUUUCACACAAACACAGGAAAGUUUGGCUUUUUCCUAUUUCCCCCAGCCAACUAAAAAAUGUUGGCGAAAACAGGAAAUUUUUAGUAAAGCUGGGGGAACUUUUGCACAAUGUGGGCAAGUGUUUUGGCAAAAGGGUGGGUUGGUGGGGUAGUAAGCCCUAUGAAAAGUGAAACAUGUUUUCAAUUUCCUUUUUUCGGGGGACUGUAAACAAGUCAAUAGCGAACUACGACUAAGGACAAACACACAGAAGACCUUGGUCCCAAUUUCAAAUUAGCAGAAAAGCAAAACAGAAAAAAACGAAGCGCAAAGAAAGAUUUUCCAGCAGAAUUGUAAACGGAAAACUUUGGCGGGGCUUGCGUCCGGUUAAGAACUGGAUCACAGAUAUAACAGAAUAAAUAUAUAUUUAUAGUUUUGUAGUCAGAUAUUCUCUUGCGUGUUCUAAAUGUAUUCUAAAUGUUGAAAACGAAAAUAUUUCAAAUGUAUUUACAACUAAUCAAGAAGAACAUUUUAUAUAUAUGUAUACUAAUGUGUAGUCACACUGUUUGCACUUUUCAGAGUUUAGAAACAAGGCGUAAGGUAAAAAUACCGAAAGUAUAUCUAUAAAUAUAUCACAAAUCAUAGCUUUACCGCAACGAAAACGAAAUAAAUCCAAAACUCAGCAUCAUAUCUUUCGGAUAAAUGUAAAAUCUAAGAGCUCCAAACCGAAACCAUAAAUAAGCCACAAUGAAAAUGUUAAUAAAAAUUACCUAGCUGUAGUUUGGACUAACGAUUUUUGCCAGUAGCUCUCGCAAAACUUUUAUCUAGAUGGACAAGCAUUUUAACAUUGGCCAACUCGGCCGUCACUCAUCUAACCGAUAUAACCAAAGUAAUUUAGACGUUCCUCAGAACUCGAUCACUUGCAUGGCAAAGGAAACCUCUCGUAACACAUACUUUAUCAACGAAGAACACACUCAACGCAUAUCAUUCCAAUACAAUAGAUUUCAGCUAAAUCGUAUUCAACUUGAGAUUCAAUAAAUAAAUAUGAGAAAAUAUA